AUGAACGACGAUAUCGGUUGUUGUUCUGCAUAUUUCUACACAAGGUAUACAGAUGAAGAUACAUUAAUUGAUCUUUCCAUGAUGAAUUAUCCUUAUCUGGAUGGAAAAGACGAAUGUAUAUUGAAUCCUGAUGAUCAACCGUUCAAGACUCGUUGGUUCACAUUUACUCAAUCGAAUUUAUUAUGGUUGCGUAUUUUCGUUUUCAUCAUAAUAAUUCUCAUGCUUUUAAUAUGCGUCAUCUAUUUAUAUUAUUAUUUGCUCACCGAGUCGAACUUCGUAAGUCUGUUGGAUGAAAAAUCAUAG